UGUUAAACUAAUUAGUAAUGCACACAGUACGGAGCUUCUUUGUGUUAAUGCAGAAAUUCGUUCGCCUUCACGUCGAUUUGGUUCGGUAGCAUGCCCCUUUCUGCACCGAGCAGAUCACCGCAGCGCAGUAAUACUUCCUCGCGCUCCUCGUAAUCUCAUAUUUGCCUACUUGUUCUGUUUUCUCCUUUUUAUCUCCGCUGCGACUGACCAUGAGGCCUACCCUCCGAAACUGAGGGGAUAAAUUUUGGUCUCAGGCUCGAGAAAGAGGGGUUGGUAUAGCUGUAUGAUAUAAAAGAAACAUUGCAUAGUCAUGGAUUCGAACCUUUCAAGGUUCACUAAUCCCAAGGGUUCAAGUUGUUCCGCUACUCAAAAUUUAUAUGUAGCCAAUUGUGGUCCAGCUGUAGGCAUAUCAUUUGAGGAUAUAAAAUCUUUCUUUAGUACCUUUGGAGAAGUUGUAGGGAUUCAUGUUGCCGACGAUAGUGGCACCCGUGUUAUUGUUUGCUAUUCAGAGUUAACUGCUGCUGAAGCGGCCUUUCGAACUUUGAAUGGAUGUCAUUGUGGAGCCCUUGGUGGACGAAUUUUGCAUAUACGCUAUUCAAUUCUACAACUAAAACAAAAGGUUAACGACAAUGAUUCACUUUUUGUGUCUCUGGUGUCAUCAGAGCUAGCAAUUCCAGGAAUUCACCUGGUGCAUGACUUCAUUACUUCUGAGGAAGAGCAGGAACUCCUUGCUGCAGUUGAUAGUAAACCUUGGAAGAAUCUUUCGAAAAGAAGAGUCCAGCACUAUGGUUAUGAGUUCCUCUACGAAACAAGGAAUGUUGAUACCAAGCAGUUCCUAGGUGAACUUCCACCUUUUGUUUCUCCGAUAAUUGAAAAAAUGUCAUUAUUUCAAGGCAUAAGUGACAACAAAGGGCAGCUGUUGGAUCAACUUACGGUUAAUGAUUAUCCACCAGGGAUAGGCCUAUCACCUCAUAUAGACACGCAUUCAGCAUUUGAUGAUAUGAUCUGCAGCCUUUCAUUAGCUGGGCCAUGUAUUAUGGAGUUCAGGAAGUACCUCUUGGGAUCUUGUCUUUUAAGGAAAGCUAUUUUCCUUCCUCCUCGGUCAAUGCUUUUGUUGUCAGGGGAAGGACGAUAUUCUUGGCAUCACUACAUUCCACAUCGUAAGGUUGAUAUCGUACAGGGAAAGAUGAUUAGAAGAUGUUCAAAGAGGGUUUCUUUCACUUUUCGGAAGGUUAGGAGUGGACCAUGCAAGUGCAAAUUCUCGCAAUACUGUGAUUCUCAGAAGGAUAUCUAAGUUUUAUUCAAGUUUUUCGAGGAUAAUUUCAUCAAUAUUGGAGGGAUAUCGAAGCUAUUUGUUAAUGUUCAUCUCAAAGUUGGUGGACAUCAGUUCAGAUAAUUCAACACAUUAUGGCUACCCAGGAAUCGCCCACAUCAAUACUAGAUCUAAUUCUACAACUGCGGUCAACAUCUUUGUUUGCAGUGGUAGAAUUAGAUAGCUGGUGGGGUUGGCUCUCAAACCUUAUAUCUGAGAGAAGUUUAUUUAUAAUUAUAUUGAGUAUAAAACUUGAUACUUAGAAACCAACUUACAGCUAUAUAUAUAUUAGGGAAGGUUUGUCACCUCUCUCUCUUUCUCUCUCUCUCUCUCUUUUUAAUUGUCA